AUGGCUGACUUGCCAAAAGAACGCAUCCAGAGCUCGCGCGCCUUUGUCGUAACAGGCGUAGACUACUGUGGACCAUUUUAUUACAAACCCGAAACGCGUAACAAAGCACCUCAAAAAUGCUACGUGAGCGUCUUCAUUUGCUUCGCCACAAAAGCUGUAUGGAUGGAACUAGUAAAGGAUCUCUCAACCGGCUCUUUUCUUGAUGCACUUAAGCGCUUUAUAGCUACUCGUGGUAUACCAAGUUGCAUCUGGUCAGACAACGCUACAAACUUUGUUGGCGCCAAGAACGAUCUGAAAGAUUUACGCGAACUAUUCCUUAGUGAAAAUCAUAACAAACAGAUUCACGCAUACUGUCUCGAUAAUGGAAUUGACUGGCGGUUUAUACCCCCACGAUCGCCACACUUUGGUGGCCUCUGGGAGGCAGCAGUAAAAAUGGCAAAAAAGCACUUCUAUCGUUCUGUUGGUGCAUCGCUUCUUGGUUUUGAUGAAUUACGCACUCUAGUUUGUCAAAUCUCAGCGAUUAUUAAUUCACGACCCCUUGUACCACUUUCAGAAAACCCAGAAGAUCUUGAUGUAUUGACGCCCGGGCAUUUCCUUAUUGGCGGCCCUCUUAUCGCUAUUCCUGAGCCUAAUCUCACACUUCUAAACUACAAUCGUUUAGAUCGUUGGCAGCGCUCUACCUACAUACAACAAAUAUUUUGGAAGCGGUGGAGUGAAGAAUAUCUCACUAAUCUACAACAGCGCACCAAGUGGCAGACACCUCGCUUAAAUAUCCAGAUCAAUGACAUCGUGUGCAUUAAGGACGAGAACUCAGCACCUCUCAAGUGGCCUUUAGCUCGUGUUACAGAAAUCGUUACUGGAGCAGACGGUGUUGCGAUAGUAGCUAUACUACGCACAGCUGCCGGCAUAACGCGUCGAGCUGACAGCAAAUUGUGCAUCCUUCCUGUCAGAGAUUCUCUUGAAAGUGGGACCUUUCAACGGGGGGAGGAUGUUCGGAGCAGCUCCUUCCAAAAUAGAACGCACUAG